AUGUCACACAGACCGUCGUCGGUGGCCUCGUUAGCCAGUUCAGUGGAGUCUCUCAACUCUGAAGAACGCCUGGUGCAAGCUCCUCAGGAAUAUCACGAACCAAAGUCAAGCACAUCGCCUUCUGCUGAUUCCAAGGAUGAACCUCAGCUCCCUGAUUUGGAGCAGGGUCAAACUCACCAACUGCAAGCGGUGCUGGAGAAGAUGCUGUUGAAGGAGAUGAAGAGCCACGUUGUUCCUCGUAGGGAGAGACGCGGCCUUCUAGCGCAACUUCUGAUCGUGCCUGAGCUAGACGACGCCAGGAACUAUACACCUAAUAUCAAGCUUUUGAUUGUCAUCAUCGUUGCCUUUGCUGGUAUAACAGGCCCCAUGGGCACGUCCAUUAUCUUGCCUGCGGUUGGAGACGUGUCGAGGAGCUUACAUACGUCGUCUUCUAUCGUCAACGUCUCCGUCGGAAUCUACUUGAUCUCGCUAGGCGUAUUUCCUAUUUGGUGGUCGAACUUCUCGGAGAAACACGGCCGACGCAGCGUCUAUGUUGUGUCGUUCAUCUGGUUUUUCGCCUUUUCCAUCGGCUGUUGUCUUGCUCCUUCUAUCGGUGCCCUUAUCGUCUUGCGACUUUUAGCCGGCGUGGGUGCUUCAGCCGUGCAAGCAUGCGGUGCUGCCACCGUUUCUGACCUCUACAUCCAAGAAGAACGUGGUUAUGCCUUGGGGCUUUUUUAUUUGGGUCCGCUUUUGGGUCCUUUCCUCUCUCCUAUCAUUGGUGGUGCUGUGGCGGAAGCCUGGGGUUGGAGGGCCACAAUGUGGGUCAUGGUGAUUUUCACUGGCAUCAACGUUCUCUCGCUUGUUUUCUUCUUGCCAGAGACUCUCAGACAGGCCGAUUCCAUGGCUGCUGUGCGUGAACGCCUUAAGAAAGAACUCGGCUCUGCCGCCAAUGGAGAUCCUAACGCUCCCACCGAAGAGGAGCUCACUCGGUUUGCUACCAACCUUUCACAAAACUCUUCCUUGCGAGAGACAUAUUGCACGACGAAACAGCCUAUCAAGGAGCAGGAGUUACUUGAGGCCGAGGAGGCAGACCCCAUAGAUCAUACCAAGUGGUCUCACAUCUUGUACGACUACUUCAUCAGACCUACUCAUGCAGUGAUUCUACUUGCUUACCCUCCAGUCACUUUGACGAUCUGUUAUUCGUCCAUCAGUUUCUGUGUUAUUUAUUUUUUCAACAUUACAAUCACCGAAAUGUAUGCCAAAGAACCUUAUAAUUUCAGCACGGUCAUUGUGGGUCUUAUGUAUAUUCCUAAUUCCGUCACGUAUCUAAUGGCUUCGAUCUUUGGUGGAAAAUGGAACGAUUGGCUCAUUAGGCGUUCAGGCCGUCGGAACAAUGGUGAAUUGAAGCCUGAAUCUCGUAUCUCGUGGAACAUUGUUACAGCGAUCACACUUUACCCUGCUGCGUGUUUGAUCUUCGGUUGGUGUCUCAAAUACGGGGAACACUGGGUAACGCCGUUGAUCGGUACUGCCCUAUUUGGAUUCGCCUCGAUGCUUACCAUAGGUGUCACUGUGACCUAUCUCAUUGACGUUUUACCCGGUAAGGGUGCCACGGGUGUUGCUCUCAACAAUUUAGUUCGUCAAAUCCUUGCAGCUGCCGCUACGUUUGUCACUGUUCCAUUGAUCAAUGCUUUGGGCACUGGUGUGCUAUUCUCGAUCAUUGCCGGUGUUAUAACAGUGUCUGGAGUGUCAUUGCUAUACCUCAAACAUCACGGUGGCCAGCUUCGUGAACGUUAUGAUAUCAUGGACUACUACAAGCGUCUCUGA